AUGGGCGCGGGAAACUCGAAGCCCGAGGGACAGCAGUCGCAGCAUGUCUUCGCCGCAGACACGCCCAUCCGGUUCUCCAACGAGCUCGUAGAGAAGCUGCAGAGCAGUCCUGAGGUACAGCACCCCCUCCGCUUCCCUGACGCGAACGCGCAAAUCUCAACAAAACUGCCGCAGUCCGACACGACCCGCGCCAAAAACCUCGAGGCCCAGAUCCAAGCCCGCAUAACCGCCGAGCUCGAGAAGAUACAGUCCACCGAGUCCGCCCGCUUCAAUAAAGUCUCCGAGGAAGUAUCUGCCGAGCCCUCCUCCUCGUCCGAAGACUCCUCCCCCUCCAUCGGCGAGAAGAUUGCCGAUGCCUUCUCCUCUCAGUCCACGCUAGACGCGAAGCACAAGAAGCAGCAUCUAAGCCACGACAGCGUGUCAAAAGAGAUUGCGGAGCUGAAGAGGAAGCUCGAGGGGCGGAAGAAGCUCGAGAAGGCGGAUCCCAGCGUGGAGAAGGCGAAGGAGGAGGUGGUCAGGUGUUUGAGGGUUAACGACCGGCGGCCGUUGGAUUGCUGGCAGGAGGUUGAGAACUUCAGGCGGGAGGUCGGGAAGAUGGAGAGGAAUUUUGUUGAGAGGACUGUACGAUAG